GGAGGGAGGGAGUGUGGGAGGGUAAGGAAGUGGGAGCCAAAACUGGCAACUUUGCCAAAGUGCCCAAGUUCAGUCACUUGUGCUGCUGCAGCAGAAAGUGGGAGGACGAGUGUAGCCAGGGUGACCGAGAGGAAGCAAGGGCCAGGAAAAGCAGCAAAAGUGAGAGAACACAGAAGAACAAGGACUGUCAUUCUCUGGCUUCAAGUCCAGGGGGUCUGGAGAUGUCAAAACACGACUACACAUAAGAGCAGAGACAAGUACCAGACUUAGUCAGCAGGAGAGGUCUAAUAAAAACUCCCAAGCAAGCGUGCUUGUAUUGUGGUCAGAGGAUAGAGGGAGAAAUAGAGGAGAAGAAGGGUGGAGAGGAAAAAAGGAAAUAGGGAGGGGCGUGUUCACAUUAGAAGGUGGCUGCUUUCCUUACAGCUGCACUUGAAGGACAGAGGAGGAAUCCAUCAUCUGAGAUCAUCUCAGAUCAUCUCACACAUCUCCAUCAAUUCAACAGUCCCUUGCAGGGAUAGAGGAGGACAGAGGACCCUGUGGCGAUGAAGAGACCUCAUGAUUACAGUUCCCCAGACUCAGACACGGACGAACUGAUCGAUGUUGGACAGGAAGACGGCUACUGCCCUGUCACUGGGUCCAUGUCUCCAGGCAGUACCUCACAGAUCCUGGCGCGCAAGAAGAGAAGAGGGAUAAUCGAGAAGAGACGCAGAGACAGGAUCAACCACAGUCUGUCAGAGCUCAGGAGACUCGUACCCAGUGCUUUCGAGAAACAGGGCUCCUCUAAACUGGAGAAAGCUGAGAUUCUUCAGAUGACAGUAGAUCAUCUGAAACUGCUGCAUGCCAUGGGCGGCAAAGGCUACUUUGAUGCUCGUGCUCUGGCAGUGGACUACAGGACUCUUGGCUUUCGGGAGUGUGUUGGAGAGGUGGUAAGAUACCUCAGCUCUCUGGAGGGGGUCGAAUCCUCAGACCCCAUUGGUGCACACCUUGUGUCCCAUCUCAGCCACUGCGCCAGUGAGCUGGACCCUCUCCUCCAGAGCCCCGCCGCUCUGCCUUUUCCUCCUUGGCCCUGGCCCUCCUUUCCUCAGCUGGCAUCCACUUCAUCUCCAGCUUCGUCUAGCCCGUUUCCCCCAACCACCUGCCGAGAUCUGACCCCCCAUGCCACCGCCGCCUUGCUGGGUUACCCUUCACCGACCAUGCGAGUGGGAUCUUUGAGCACCCAGGGGGCAUUACUGAGUCCAGCGCUGACCCCGGUGCGUCGAUUGCCCUCUAUCCCCGGACAUCCACACAGACUUCAACAGCACUCACCUGAAGGACCCACAAUCCCAUCAUCCUCCUCCAACUCCUCCCCUCCCCAGAUUUCCUUCAGACCCUUUGCCGCUCUGGGGUCUCCAGCCCCAGGUCGCAGGGGUUUGGGCACCUCCAGUAAGUCUGGACAGGCCUGGAGCACAGAGAUUGGGGCAUUCUAAAUUAAAAGUUUGGAGUUUAUGACAAUCUGAAAGGGAAAACACAUUUCUUGGUCAUUCAGACUUAUUUAUGACCAUUACCACCUUUAAAAGGAACCACAAAGCAUUGAACAAUUAAAAUAAAAUGCGUAUUCAGUUGAAUCUACUGUUCCAACAUUUAAACUCUCAGAUAAAACAGAUACAAAAGCUGUCACUGGGGCGAUGCCCUUUUAAAAAGAUACACCUUGUUACUCCUAAAGGGUGCAUAUUAGUACAUAAAUACAUAUUAGUAUAUACCGACUGACUGCUUUUGUACUUUUUUCUGAGAGUUUAGAAAUAAUUGAACAAAAAAGUCUGAUUUUGUUUACAAAGAAAAAUAGGAUGGGAAUAAAAUGGACUGUAGAAUUUAAGUGUAAAAUCAAUUAAAUGCAUCUCUCAGAAAUACUGGAUAAGUUAAAAGAAUGGCUCAAAGCAAUUUAGUGAUAAGAACUUGGAUUUUGAGAUCUAGAUACUGGAACUUUCAAAAAAAAAAAGUAUUAUUGUACUUGUUUACGCAGUCAUUUAUACAUUCACUUGGAUUCUGACAUGAUAUACAUCUGAAAUGGAAAUUCUUGAGAAGAUAACAAAGACAAAUUAAAUGUGCCUUAUUAAAACAGUAUUCCUUUUGUUCACUUACU